ACCCAUUUUCCAUUUUGGUUCUCUCCUUGUGUCAUCUUCAUCAGAAAUUCAGAAUUGAUCCUCAAAUUAAGAAUUGAUCAACCAACUAUACGACUAAGUAUUUAGGCUCUGACAGAUUAUAGAUCGGUUUGUAGAAACAAGAAAGACGUUUUCUAGUUUCUUUGGUAUUGAAAAUGAAAGAAGAAGAAGUAAAUAGAUGUCAAAUUCAAGAAUGGUAUCCAAAGUUCAAGUCUUCGUCUGUGCAAACCUUGUUUCACGAGCUUCCUGAAUCUUUUAUUAAAUAUCUUCUAGAUGAUUCUGGCCCGUUCCUUCUUCCACUUUCUAUCUCCAAUGACGAUGCAUUACCCAACCGAAUCCAUAAACCUGAAGAAGAAGAAGACUACAGUAUCUCUGAACAGCAAUCUGAUAAUGAAUCAGAACCGACUCCACAACCACCAUCUUUCCCAGAACUUGAAAUCCAAAUCAGUGAAUCUAUCGAAAGCCUUGGUGGUGCUAUCUUCCCCAAGCUUAACUGGAGCUCCCCUAAAGAUUCUGCUUGGAUUAGCCCAAAUGGGUCUCUCAAAUGCACAUCCUUUAGUGAAAUUGUGCUUUUGCUUAAAUCUUCUGACUCAUUGGUUCAUGAUCUCUGUCACGCUUAUGAUUCUUGCAGUGACUGUAGUAUUACCCGACCCACGCGCUUUUUUCUUGCCUUAAGAAAGUGGUACCCGGACCUUCACCCUGAGAGGGAAUUUCGUUGCUUCGUACACAACCACAAAUUGAUUGCCAUCUCUCAACGAGAAGUCACAGGGUUUUACCCUAUUUUGACCGACAAGAAGGAUGCCAUGGGAAUGGUAAUUCAAGAGUUCUAUGAGGACAAAGUAAGUGAAAAGUUCGAGUCUGAAAGUUACACGUUUGAUGUUUAUGUAAGAAAAGAUAUGGCAGUUAAACUUUUGGAUUUUAAUCCUUGGAGUGCCUCUACGUUACCUUUGAUGUUUACAUGGGAGGAAUUGGAAUCUGGGGAGUUGAGUAAGGACCCUGAAUUUAGAAUUGUGGAAAGCCAAAUGGGAGUAAGGCCGGGUUUGAAAACUGCAGUUCCAUAUGAUUAUUUGGAUACGAGUGAAGGAAGUGGCUGGGAUCAGUUUUUGAAAAAUGCCGAUGAAGAGUUGAGGCGGCAGACAAGGUCCGCUGGUGCUUAGUUAUCGUGUAAGUCUUAAAAGUAUAUUAUUGUUGUCUUCUUCAAACUAAAUUUUGUUAAAAUUUUAUGUGGACGUGGCUGUUUAUUUUAGAAAACUGUUGCUGUUAUGAAGAUGCUCACUAUAUAUGUUACUAUAGUCAUAUGCUACUAGCUAUAUUGACAUUUUUCUGUGACUUAAUGAGCUUA